GCAGAAACCCUAAUCUCUAUCUCUCUCGAUCGCGACCUCGAUCUCGAUCGAUCGAUCAUGGCUGGUUUGGGGCUGUACCACACGGACUGCGAUUCGAUACUGUCGCAAAUCAAGCAUCAAGAGAAGCAGCUCGCGCUCAAGAGAAGGUGGUUGAUGGGGGUACCAUUGUCCAAGUCAGAGUUAAAGCAUUUGGAAGGGCCGAAGUUUUUAAAGAAAAGGGUCCUACGUGAAUCGAUGCUCAGGGAAGAUGAUAUAUUCUAUGAGACUGCAAAGAUGCAUGUUGAAGAAGCUAUCUUAUCACAUGAUAUGGAGCGAGGAUGCAGUGGUGGUGCAGAAAUUGUUAAAUCGUCUGACAUGCCUAAUUUGCUGAAGGAAAUUCUAUCUCAUCUAAAUGAUAUGACCAAUAAGGGCCUUUAUCAUUUUGCUAUGAUUGUUACUAGGGGGUCUGUUGAGUUUGACAAAACUCGCUGGAAGAUGAAGAAACUUGUUAGGCAAACUGUCCGUAAAGUAUGCCAUAUUGAAAAGAACACUCAAUGGGAUAAUGCUACUUUUAAGAAGCUCUAUCAACUUCUAAAUGACCCACGAAAUUUCCGAGGAAACUGUCUGAAUCAUUUGGCUCCUACAUCUCAUUCUCAAAGGGCAGCCGCUUUAAAGCUCCUGGGUAGACUUGAGGAACUCUCUACGCCAGCUCUGAUUGCAAUGUAUAGGAAACUAAGACGUGUACAGGGGAGAGUUCCUCGGUUGGAGCCCUUCAAAAGUGGACGGAGCCGAGAUGAUCUGAUAAAAAAAGUGAGGAAAACUAGUAGAAACAUGUUGCUGGAUCUUGGUUCAAGAGAUUGUAUACCAGAACCACUAGCUAAAGCAAUGGCUAUAGCAGCGUUAUCUUUAAAGCUAGCAUCAGGCUUUCAAAGUUCCACAGGAAUGGAGUUUUACCAAUUUGCACCAGAAAUUAGAAGUUUGCAGGAUGAAAUUGUGAAGGCUGUUUGGCUACUGAACUCAAAAGUUAGAUUUCAGGAGCUGAAAGUUUUUCAGUCACUGCUGGACCCCAGUGCUAAAGUCUCAAAUAGUCGUCUAAGAACAGCAGUCAAGAACGUUUUGACUGAGUAUCUUUUCGAAUGCUCUGAUUUGGAUGUGAUCCCAAGGUCUUUAUUGGAGAGUCUGGCUUUUAUUAACAGGAAUUCUCGAACUGCACCACCUUCAUCCUUUCCUAAGGAGGAAGUUGAAGAAGAAGUAGAAUGCGUUUUGCUUGUUAGUGCCCAUAUGAAGCAGAAUGUCUGGGAUUUGCUUCCGGAAAUUGGGUAUGAUACAGAUUUCGCCAAUGCUUAUAUGGAAGAAUUGGAAGAAAGUGAUGAUGACGCUGACUCCGAUUACGAAGAUGAGAGACAUACAAGGAUAUUAAAUAGUGGAAGGUCUGACAACAUUGAUUCAUUGUUUCCAGUGGAAGGUACUGGAGAGUCUAUUACUGAUAGCUCCAACCUGCCUUUUAUUAAUAUUAAGGGUAAUGGUAGUUCUCCCAGUCACACCCUAAGGAAAGUGUUUUACAGUGCUGCUGCAAUUAAAUCUGAGCCAGAUAUCUCACCCGGUAUUGCCUCCACUGCUGCUUGGUAUAGCAGUUCUUCCUUGUUAUUCCAAGAUUCAAAGAGUUCUGAAGGCUUGAAUAGCAUGGAUGUAGAUAAUUUAAAGCCAUUGAGCAACUUUAGUUCUGCUAAAACCAAUGGCGAUGGUCCCUUCUCUUUUCUGUCACCCAACACAGGGUUUGCAAAAUCUCUCGAGAGACACAAAGCUGAAGAUGAUGAACUGAAGAAUCAACAAAGGGAUGUCUUGAACAGACCAAGCACUUGCAUAAAUCGAUACCUUGCUGUCCAGGAAGCUUGUGAUGAAACAAGUAUAAUUGCCUAUAAUUUGGUAGGUUAUAUGUUGGAAGAAUUUGCACAAAGAGAAGGUUUGAAUCUAGAAAUGAAUGAGAGUUCAUAUCUGGGGCGUGAUCAGUCCAAUGAAGAAGUUCAUGAAGAAAAGAAGGAUUCUAGUCAUCACGAGGGCUCAGAAGAUUUUGUCAUCCAUAGAGCACUCGAAAAUCUAGUUCCAUGCCUCAAGAAGAGUGUGAUGGAAAGAUUGAAGGAGUUCACAAGCAUUCCUUAA